CACACACUGUCCAUCAGCGCUUCAAGGACAAACCUGCUGUGAGAAUGAGAUGAGUCAUAUCAAAGUACAGCUUUGGCAACAUGAAAUCAUAAUAACAGGGUGGUUCCACCCCUCGUCUGCUCUCACGUCGUGAUUACAAUGGAAGCUGCUUCCCUGCACUUAAACCUGGAGAAAGAGCACCGUGUGUCAGGCAGCUGCUGCUGACGACGACAGCACUGGGGGGGGACCGCGCCAUUCAGUCCAACACUCAGGACGAAUUAAGCGUCUUAUUAGCGGCUAACUUCACUUCAUCAUGGCGGAGUCCAGUUUCAACAACCUGACUUCCCUUGCGCGGGCUUUGUCACAGCCCAAGCUGGAGCUCCCUGAACUCAACGAGGUGUCCCCUACGCGUCCAGGUGUCCAGGUGCACCGGAGGAGACUGCUAUCGAGCUGCAACUCGGUCGAGUCCACCAAUGAGCCGCUGGGCUCACCGUCCGAGGAGGCGCGAGUCCUGGUCAUCAACACCGGAGGAACCAUCGGGAUGACGAUACACGAUAACGUGCUCGCACCAAAAGCCAACGCGUUUGUGAAGAGUUUGCGGAAGCUGCCCAUUCUCCACGAUGAGGCAUAUGCUCAGCAGACCUGCCUGUAUGACUACUAUUCGUCUGAGAGCACGCUGGUCCUGCCGAAAUUGACGUCCGUUUCUGAACUUCAGUUCAAUAGAAUGUGUAAAGACUGUAAGAGAAUAAUCUACACUGUCUUAGAGUACAGCCCUUUGCUGGACUCCUCCAAUAUGACCCCAGAUGACUGGGGUAGGAUCGGGAAGGACAUUGAGAAAAACUACCAAAACUAUGACGGUUUCGUGAUCCUUCACGGCACAGACACGAUGGCGUACACGGCCUCCGCCCUGUCCUUCAUGUGCGAGCAUCUGGGCAAACCCAUCGUCCUCACCGGCUCACAGGUGCCAAUCUAUGAGAUGAGGAAUGACGGCAGAGGCAACCUGUUGGGGGCGCUGCUGAUUGCCGGACUGUUUGUCAUACCUGAGGUGUGCCUGUAUUUCUACAACAAACUCUACAGAGGCAACCGUGUGACCAAAGUGGACGCUGGGAGUUUUAAUGCGUUCUCCUCGCCUAACCUGCAACCGCUGGCCACUGCUGAAGUGGACAUCACCAUCAACUGGGAUACGGUGUGGCGGUCGAACACCACGGCGAAGUUUCAAGUCAGCACGGAGCUGAACCGGAACGUGGGCCUGAUCAGGCUGUUCCCAGGAAUAACUGCUGCCACCGUGAGGGCUUUCCUGCAGCCGCCCAUGGAGGGUGUGGUCCUGGAGACCUACGGCAGCGGAAAUGCCCCCGAUAACCGCCCGGACCUGCUGGAGGAGCUGAAGAAGGCGACCGACUCCGGUGUCAUCAUCGUCAACUGCACGCAGUGUCUGCGGGGCACCGUGUGCACGAGUUACGCCACUGGCAAGGUGCUGAUAGAGGCCGGGCUGGUAGCUGGUGGUGAUAUGACUCCAGAGGCCGCCCUGUCGAAGCUGUCCUACGUCUUGGCCAAGAAGGAGAUUGAUCUCGAGGCCAAGAAAAAGCUGAUGAGUCAGAACCUGCGAGGUGAAAUGAACGUCGACUUGGCAGGAGCCAAACUGUGUCUGAGCAACAGCCGCUUCAUCCAGGUCAUCGCCAAGUCUCUGAGCGUCAGCUGCAAGGAGGAGCUUCAAGCCAUUCGCGAUGCUCUGACUCCUCCACUGGCAUGUGCUGCUGCCAAGAUUGGAGAUGUAGAGGCUUUAGAAGCACUAAGAGAAAUGGGCACUAACUUGUGUCUCGGUGACUACGAUGGACGCACGCCCCUUCACGUCGCGGCCUGCGAGGGCCACCUGAAGGUGGUGCAGUACCUUCUGCGUCACGGAGCCACAGUGUACGCUAAAGACCGCUUUGGGGAUACGCCCCUAUGCAACGCAGUACGCUUCAGGCACAAAGAAGUUGUGAAGCUGCUGCGACAGACCGGGGCCCACUUCUCCAGAGACAAGCUGGAGGAAGCAGGAACAGAGCUGUGCAGUCUUGCAGCCAGCAGUGACCUGGAGGGCCUGGAGAUCUGGAGCCUUGCCGGAGCCGACCUGUAUAAACCCGGCUACGACGGACAGACGGCAAUCCAAGUGGCUCAGGAUUCUGGCAAAAAGGAAGUAGUGGCUUUUUUAGUUCAGAUCAUGAGCAAUAAUUACAAGACAGUAUUUGGGGAAUUUAAUUCAUGUGAUGAUGAUGAUGAUGAUGAGCCCACGACGGACAUUCUAGCAUCGCCUCUUCGACAAACUUGGAAGAGAAGAGUGAGAACGGUGGAGUGAUCGAGUUCACCGCCUCCCCAUCGGGACCCUGAGCUGACGCCGUCUCAACCCGACAGCCGCCGUCCUCUGUUGACGUCCAAGAGAUCCUUUUUAUUUUUAAAGUCUGCACAGUUGUCUCCUAAAGAGCCGUCACGAUUUAGUCUUUAGCACUAGUCCAGCACUUUGAGUGCACAUUGUCCAAGAAAGAUUAAAAAAAAAAAAAAAAAAAGAAAGUUUUGAGUGUGCGUUUGAAUGUUUCAUGUAUAUUUCAGACUUAAUCAAACUCUUUUAUUACUAUGUAUGUAUUGUUAUUGCAGUGUUCUGCGAGUUGUUUUGUCACAAAGACUAACGUCCCAUUUAGUUCUUCAAAGGAGAACUAUGAUCACGAAGUAGUUUUUUAAUCAAAAAAAACUAAAUAAGGUUGAACAGAGUAUGUUAAUUUAUUCACAGCAACAUGUCCGCGACAUCUGGAAGUACAGGGUUCACUCUCAGAUUUUAUUUUUGUGCUUAUUUUUAUAGCGAUCGGAUGCUGGAAAGUGUCUAAUGAGAAUUAGGUUUUGACGUUUAUUGUCAGGAAUGUCACGAAAGUGUUCCUCUGCCCCUGAAGCACACAUUUCCAUCCUCUUCUGCUCAAGCAGGUUUUACAAAAACCUGCGCUUGCCAUACAGACUCAUCCGGCCUGUUCCUCGUGCUGAUUGUCGAGCUGGAGGAGUCACGUCUCACUUUGAAAUCUGAACGGAAGACAUUCAGUCUGUGGGAAGAAGAAAACGGCCAAUAUCUGUGUUCUGUCAUGUAUUUUUAAAGAAAUAGUUUGUUGUAUGUGCAAGUGGUGUGAAACAAGGCUGUGAAGCCAAUCCAGGUAUUUCUUUUUGUGUCCAUGCUUUAAGUUUAAUCUGAAAAGUGUUCACGUGUGACUUUCCGGUCCAAAUACAAUCACGAUCACUUGAAAUUUACGGUUUCACCUCUAUGUAACAAUCAAAGUGAGAAGGGUGUGUGCAGGUGUUUUUCCAACAGAAAUAAAUCUUUUUGUCUUUCGA